CUAGGUUGGGAAUGCUUUAUUCCCGAACUCCGAUUCUCAUUGGCGAAGAUUGCCGAACGAGCAUUCGUUUUCCAUAACGACCUAAACGAGCUAUUCAAUCAUCAUGGGAGUAUUUUAAACAUAAUUAGUAUGGAUGUAAUAAUUACUGAGCUAUCGUGAUACUGGAAUUUAUAAAUUUCAAACAAUGGCUAACCGGACGGUGAAAGAUGCUAAAUCAAUUAGAGGAACAAAUCCUCAAUAUCUCGUUGAAAAAAUAAUCAGAUCGAGGAUAUAUGAUUCUAAAUAUUGGAAAGAAGAAUGUUUUGCAUUAACUGCAGAACUUUUAGUAGACAAAGCUAUGGAAUUAAGAUUUAUUGGUGGAGUAUUCGGUGGUAAUAUCAAACCGACUCCUUUUCUUUGUUUGAUCCUCAAAAUGCUCCAAAUUCAGCCGGAAAAGGAUAUUAUUGUGGAGUUUAUCAAGAAUGAAGAAUUCAAGUAUGUUCGAGCAUUGGGUGCUUUGUACAUGAGACUUACCGGUACCUCACUAGAUUGUUAUAAAUAUUUAGAGCCUUUGUUUAACGAUAAUCGUAAAUUAAGAAUACAAAACAAGCAAGGGCAAUUUGAGUUAAUACAUAUGGAUGAAUUUAUUGAUCAUCUUUUGAGAGAAGAGAGAGCUUGUGAUGUCAUUCUUCCUAGGAUACAAAAGCGGCAUGUUUUAGAAGAAAAUAAUGAACUAGAAGCAAAAAUUUCUGCGUUGGAAGAUGACAUGGAUGAAGGAAUGGAGACAUCAGAAGAUGAAGAUUUGCCUCCAUCGAAGGAAGAGAGUCGUAAAAAAGAUGACUACGAUAGAGAUCGACAUCGAGAUCGUGAUAAGAAACAUUCGCGUGUGGAUAAGAAAUCUGAUCGUGAGAAAGCUCGGUCUCGGAGCAGAGAUCGUGAGAGGGACAGAGACCGAGACCGAGAUCGCAGAGAAAGAAAAAGAAGUAAAUCACCGAAAUAUUCAUCUUCGCAUAAAGAUCGACAUCGACGAGAUGAUCGUGAUCGAGAGAGAGAUCGUGAAAGGGAUCGUGAUCGAGAAAGAAGAAGAGAAAGAGAUAGGAAUCGAUAUUAAAUUUAGAUAAAUAAAAUAAUUAAUUUAAGAAUUUUUUUAAAUCAUUAUCGGAAUUUUUUGAUAAUAAAUUCAUUCGUCU